UAAUAAAAUGUCAAAACACGUAGUGCCUCUUUUAAACCGCAUUUUAAUUAAAAAAGUCAACCCCGCGGCCAAGACCAAAGGCGGUGUUGUGAUUCCGGAAGGAUGGAGGAAGAAAGUUUCGAAAGGUAAAGUCGUCGCCGUGGGUCCGGGUAUCAUCAAUACCCAAGGCAAGUGUGUGCCUUGCUGUCUUAAAGUCGGUGAUGUUGUUUUACUUCCGGAUUAUGGAGGAACGAAGGUUCAAUAUGACGAGAAGCAAGAGUAUUACCUCUACAGGGAGAAUGACAUUUUGGCGAAAAUAAAUGAGUAGGAACGCGGCGCGCUAGCAAUGUUAUAAAUAACGCAAUUUGACUCAUUACCCACCCUAUUUAACCUUUCUGACUGAGUUAAUAAAAAUAAUUAAUCGCUUCACUCUGAAUUCGCCGUCGUAUACAUUUAUUAUUCCGUGAUUGGUGACAUUACUCAUCACAGGUUGUGUUAAUGGACGAUUUUUCAUCUGUGAUGCAGUGAAUACGUUUUUGUGUGUUUUAAAUCGAAGAAUAAACAUUCAA